AUGGGAGACAAAGGGGCACAACAUCUAGCUGAUGCAUUACGCACUAACACGAUAAUCACUACACUCAACCUCGGAAGCAAUCAAAUUGGAGACAAAGGGGCACAAUAUCUGGCCGAUGCAUUACGAAGUAACACGACACUCAGUACACUCGAUCUCAAACGCAAUAAAAUCGGAGCUGUUGGGGCACAACAUCUAGCUGAUGCAUUACGAAAUAACACGUAUAAUAACGUUAAUGAUAUGUUGCAAGCCUUGGAAAAAAUCUUAAUUGAUUGUAGUAAGACCUAUGUACCUUAUAAAGAUAUAACUGUUGAACCACGAGAUCAAAUCUGGUUUGAUGCUAAAUUACGUAUUUUAUAUACGAAGAAAUUGAAACAUACGUUAGGCAGAGGUCGAACAACCGCUAUUCCAGCCCUAUACAAUAGUCAAAAGCAAGUUAUAGUGGAUGUGCAAGAGAAGACUGAGAUUUUGAAUAGUUACUUUGCAGAAGUAACUACAUGGACUGGACCUAAUAUCGAUCCAAAGAUUGCUGAUGCAUUGCCUGAAUCUAUGGUUAUACUUGUGAUCAGCGAUAUAACAGCCCAUCAUUUUCCGUUUUCAACUGUGGGUCGUCAUAUUAUUGAUUCAACAGGACAAACAUUGAAGUUUUCGUGUGUGAAUUGGCCCGGUAGUAUGGAAACAUUAAUGCCCGAAGGAUUACAACACAAUAGCGUUAAUAAUAUUGUUCUGUUAAUAAAAGCAAUGGGAUUUAACUGUGUCCGAUUAACAUUUUCAAUCGACAUGACACUAUCGAAAAAUCAAAAUAUAACAGCAUUAGAAUCAUUACAGAUGCAAAGUUUGGGCAGUGCCGUCUCAGGAUUUCAAUUGUAUAAUCCUACAUUAUUGGAUGAAACUGUUCUGUCCGUAUUCAACAUUGUAUUAGACGCAUUAGAACAACAAGACAUCCUUAUCCUGUUAGAUAAUCAUGUUAGCAAAGCCAUGUGGUGUUGUAGUGACUCUGACGGCAAUGGCUUUUGGAAUGAUAAAUAUUUUGAUCCGAUUGAGUGGGAAAAUAGCCUUCGAUUGAUGUCACUAAUUGCCAGGCAGAAACAUCACAUUGUUGCCAUUAGUUUAAGAAAUGAAUUGCGAGGUUCACGACAAAAUUUACCAGAUUGGUACAAAUACGUACUAAUAGGUGUUAUUGACACAAUUCACCAGACAAAUCCAGAUAUAUUAAUUGUUAUCUCUGGUUUGAAUUAUGAUUUAGAUCUUUCAUUUAUUCGAUAUACACCUGUACAAGAUUUGUUACCAGAACCGAUAAAAUCGAAAAUUGUUUAUGAAGGACAUUGGUAUUCAUGGUCGAAUUACGGGCAUUCAUCCGAAUGUACAAAAAUGCAGAAUGGAGUUGAGGAUGCUUGGGGUUAUAUCACGACAGAAAAUGAAAAAUAUACUGCGCCGAUAUGGCUAACCGAAUUCGGAACAAAUGUAGAUAAUUUUGUAGGUGAUAAUUACAUCAAUUGUGUUAGCCAAUAUGUACAAAACAAAAACAUUUCAUGGGCCUAUUGGGUACUAGCGGGAAGCUAUUAUAUUCGGGAUGGUACUCCAGAAUUCCAUGAAUCAUUUGGUUUGCUUAGUGACGACUGA